AUGAUGCCGUCUGGUUGCCUGGAAGCCGAGCGCAAGGGCAGCCCCGUCCCCGCGCGUGAGCUCGCGUUCGUGCUGCACAAGAGCAAGCGCAACGUGGAGAGGCUAGAGCGUCUGGAGCAGCUACUACUCCAAGACCCCGUCUUCAACCACGAAAAGAUGAACUACCUCACGCGCGGCGAGCAAUACAAGCGCGCGCUGCAGAUGUCGGCUCGUGUGGAGAUCCUGGCGCGCCGCAAUCGCUUGACAGACGCGCUGGAUGGAGAUGGCUAA